GAGGGAAGCUGCCUGCUCUGCUGGACUAAAAGUCACUUGGCGGGAGCAGCCAAUCAGAAGGGRGCAUCCUUUGCCAAGUGUCAAGCUGGAGGCGGCUCUGCAUACAUGUUAAACCAGGAAAGAUACACUUGCUACCUACGUGAAGUGAGCAGCUGUUCUUCAGAAUGGUUGCAACCAGCAGCUUAAACAACAAAAACUCUACCUGCAUCUCUGAACUGAUACAGCAACAUUUCCAGCAUGCAGCCAUAACAGACUUUGACUACUGGGAUUAUGUAGUGCCUGAACCCAAUUUUAAUGAGACGGUGUUUGAGGAACGGUCAUGUCAGAACCUAGUGAGGAUGCUGGAGAGCUGCCUAUCUCGAUCAAAGCAAACUAGACUGCAUUGCUCGAGGGUUCUUGUCCCUGAGAAACUGACCAGGAGAAUAGCCCAGGAUGUCUUGCGUCUGUCUUCCAUGGAGCCUUGUGGUUUACGGGGUUGCAUUAUUCAUGUCAACCUGGAAACGGGAAAUGUAUGUAAAAAGCUGGAUAAGAUUGUGUAUGACCCUGCUGUUGUUCCUACGUUUGAGCUAACGCUGGUGUUUAAACAGGACAGUGGCUCAUGGCCUAGUUUCAGGGAUUUCUUCCCUAGAGCUUGCUUUACUUCCAGCACUAAGCGUACCCUAAUCCUGAGUCCUGGAUUUCGGCUCAUAAAGAAAAAAUUAUAUUCUUUGAUUGGGACGGUUGUAGAAGAAUGCUAGAACAAAAAGGAAACGAGUUUUAAAAACUGAGCCUACUGCCCUUAGAAACAUGACUUAAUUUUUUUAAAGAUGAUGCUGACUUUUGCACAACCUACUUAUAUCUCCCUAGGCUGGCAAAACCUCAACGCUGCUAGCUGGCACUAGGUGGAAUUGGAAAGAGCACAGCUACUGAUACUUGAAACAUUCCUCAUUGAGCAUCCCUUUUGCAAACCUGUUAACAAGCCUGAUUGCUGCUUACUGCUAGAAGUUGUACUAAAUGUUACCUCUGCAUAUUGGAUGCCUUAAAAGUUAUUCUGCCUUCUUCUAAGGUUGGAUUUCUUUUGUUUCUAAAGAACAUCCUCUGGGGAACAACUGGCAAGGUGUCCACCUAGGUAUGCGUGCUAAAGUAACAGGAAUGGUGCUUCCAGGUGAUAGUUGAAACAGCAAUGAUGGCAUCUAAUAGAUACAUUUUAUCUUGGGAUGAUGCCAGUUUAUUUAAGAUUUUGGACAAACAGUUACUUAAUUAUUUUGCUGGUCUUUCUGACCAAGUAACAGUUUACUUGGCCAGAGUGCCUUAGAUUCAAAUUAGGUUGCCUUAGAUUCAAGUGCCUUUGAUUCGAAUUGAGUUAUGAGUGCCUUAGAUUCGAAUUGGGUUGUCAUCCAGCUUGAGGAUAUGAAGCAUAUCUAUUUGCUCGAAGAGUUGCGAAACAACUACACUGCAUUUCACUGCAUUGUGCGAUUCUCUCUGAUAUCUGGAAAUGUGGUGGUGAAGUCUGUAGACCAGCGGUUCCCAACCUUUGAUCCUCCAGGUGUUUUGGACUUCAACUCCCAGAAAUCCCAGCCAUGUUACCCGCUAUUAAGAAUUGUGGGAACUGAAGUGCAAAACACCUGGAAGACCAAGCAUUGAGAACCACUGCCAUAGACUGACUGAUGUGGAACAAUAGGUACUUCGAUUUAGAAGGACACAUUGGUUAUGUUCCCAUAAAUGUUUGAUCUGCCUCAAGUCUACUUCUAAAAACAAGAGCAUUGUUCUCUUAUGAUCCUACUUCUCAACUUGUUAAAAUAAUAAUUCAAACCAUUACUUUUCUAGGAUUUUUACUCAGAUCUCAAUCUUUUCUAUAAAAAAAAACAUGGCUGGUGAAGCAAUUGCUUGGAGCUAUUUGGGAUAAUACUUCCUAAGACCAGCCAGUAUGAUGACUAGGGAACUUUAUCAGCUGUUUGACAACUGCAGAUCCAGUUGACUUGAUGCAAUCCAAUAAAUACAAUAGAAAACAAUGUUAGAUAACUCCAUACAUGAACCCAUUCAAUCCUCAUGAUUCUGUUCACUCUUAGCAUUUGAUGACUAAGCUUUAAAAAAGUCCAAAGCCAAAGAGAUGAGCUGAAUAUCUAGUCCUUUCCUAAUUUUUCUACUCCAUUCAUACUAUAGAGAUAGGCCUAUAAGGCUGAGAUAAUUUUUCAUAAUCUGAGAAGCAAAUUCUGUGUGGUUCUUGGUACCAGAUUCUACCUCUUCUUUUGUAGGUGGAGGUAUUGAACAGUAUUAGAGGAAUUGUCUUUGACAUACUUCUUCCCUUUUAAAAUGUGAUAAUGGGAAGCUUUCUUACAGCUUGGUCACUCCAAUCUUCUGCUGGCUUCUCUUUUCCUACUUAGUUGCCCACUGUUGCCAUUUGGAAAACCUCAUAAGCACUCUGUAGGCAUGCCACUUUUAAACCGCACUGAGUUGGCAUGGGUAGCCAGAAUUCAAGUUAUGUGUUAUGGUGAAUGUUCUUUUAAAUACCUCUUUAUUCAAUGAUCCUGUACUUUACAGCAGUAAGAUCUAAGCUUUUUGUGUUGAUACAAAUGAACAACGUUAGCAAAUGCCAAAAAAAGUACCCAACAAGGGACCAGAUCAUAAAACAGGAGUGGGGAACGUGUGGACCACCAAAUGUUUGUGACUUCAGUUUCCAGAAGGACUGGACAGGACAGGAUGUCCAAAGGUAAGGAAUUGUGGAGUUGAAGUCAAAAACAUCUGGAGGGCCAAACCUUCCACAGCUUUGUCCUCAACCAUUUAUAAUAAUGGAGAAAUGGAUAAGGAGAAGAGACUGCUAUAAAGUCAUGUCUCAAGCUUUAUUGUUUUGUUCAUAUGUGCUCAAUUUGUAAUGUGUCCUGUGUGCAAGAAGAAGAAAAAGCAGAAGUCCUAGAAGGCAUUGCUCUUAACUUCUUUCAGAGGUCUUGGUAGGAGAUAAACUGAUGUAUACGUGGCAGAUGUUCCAGAUCUGUUGAUUUUUCUGAGCAACUGCCGCUCUGUCUUGCUGAAAUAGGACCACUGGAAACUGGUGUUGCACUUAAUUGCUUUUAACCAAUGGGUGAUAAAUGGUUGCCUUUGCACGAGUGCAUGAGAGUGUGUUUCGGAUUUGCACAGAAACAAAACUGUUUACUGUUUUGAAAUUGUGAAAUGUUGUCCCUUGCAUUGCCUUGUUGCUUUCUCAGCACUGAAUUGAAAUGUGAAUUUUAAUGUAAGUCUGCCCAUCAAUAAAGGUUCGUUUUAAAUUCUCAA